GGAACCACAGGUUUGGUUACUGUUAUUUUCCAAUGUAUGGCAGGUCUAUUUAUGAAAUGUAGGCUGUAAUAUGAUUUUUUAAAACGUAGCCUAAUGCUUUGAAUGGAUUAAGGAUUAUCUGAGUCAAUGGGGUAAUCAACAUUUGAAUAAAACUUAAAGAAAAACUACCCGACUUUAUUAGGCUAUCCUGACUUCUUCAAGAAGGCAGUGAACGUCCUGCCAAUUUCCACAGCUCUCCGAGAGCAGUAUAUUUUGACCUGGAUCACAGCGGGGACGCGUCACGGCGGGUGGGCGUGGUUAACCGGGAUGAAUAACGCUUUAUCCUCCGUUACGUUGCAGCAGAGUUACAGUCUGACACGAGAGAGGAGCAGGGGGAACUGAACAGCUGACCGUCUCGCGUAAAUUUGAACCCGCAAGUGAUGGAAAGGCUGGAGAUCUUUUUGUACACCUUCCUCGUCUCUCACUACGUCUGGAGCAUCUUCUUCAUCUCAUGGCUUUUCAACAACUCGAUACCCACAGAUCUAACCAACUAUGGAUUGCUUAAUUGAAGUUGGGCCACCUGAUCCUGUUUGCGCCAGGACAACCGACCAACAUUAGGGCAACAGAAGUCGUUAUGGACAGUUGUGCAAAUGCUGCAUUUCCUGAUCAGAGAACUGGUGUGAAUAGCAGAAGUUCUUCCUCAGGAUACCACAUCUAUGUGCGCGUAAAGGACAUGCACAGAAGGCUUCCAUUCAGCGCUGCGUGAAAUACUCCGCGCUAUGUUUUAGUAUUUGCAGGGAAAAGCUGUAGUUAGAAUAGAGAGCGUGCUUGUGCGGCUGAUUUGUUCCUGCCGGCUUUGACGCGAUAGUGGCGGCCAGCUUUUAUUGCGCGCAUACCAAUUGUGCAGUUGCAGUUUAGCCGCUCUGUUUCCACAGGCGAUCCACCACGACAAGACCUGCGGUCUUUGACAUUCAUCAGGCCUCAUCACCAACUCUGUAAGGUUUAUCUGAAAAUACUUGGACAAAUCCUGCUAUUUGAACUUUCCCUGCAACCAAGAGAGUUUUUAAAGCUGCAUCCAAGUGCACCUGUGUGGCAGGAGUGAGCCAUGGCUUUACCAGAUAGUGGCAUAUCUGGGGAGGAGGUACCCUUCCCAGAGAUUAUAGAGCUCAAUGUUGGUGGCCAGGUGUACAUCACCCGCUACUCUACCCUCACAAGUGUGCCAGACUCUCUGCUGUGGGAGAUGUUCAGUCGAAAGUCAGCCAAAGGACUGGCCAGGGACACCAAGGGACGCUUCUUUGUGGACCGGGAUGGUUUCCUGUUCCGUUACAUCUUGGACUACAUGCGGGACCAGCAGCUGGUUCUUCCAGACCACUUCCCAGAGCGCGGGCGUCUGCAGAGGGAGGCCGAGUUCUUCAAUCUGCCGGAGCUGGUCAAGCUGCUUGCACCCAAAAUCAGCAAGCAGAACUCCCUAGGCGACGAGGGAUGUCAGAGCGACCCAGAGGACUCCUCACCUGGGAUUGACACAGCCCGUAACCUGGGCUCCCUGGGUGCUGCUGCUGCUGCCUGUGCCAGCCUGGUGCCCGGUGCCAUGGAUGGCAAACGGUCCGGGUUCAUCACAAUUGGCUACAGAGGCUCCUACACCCUGGGCCGUGACAGCCACACCGAUGCCAAAUUCCGCCGGGUGGCACGGAUCAUGGUGUGUGGGAAGACCUCCCUGGCCAAAGAGGUAUUUGGGGAGACACUGAACGAGAGCCGUGACCCUGACCGCCCCCCUGAGCGUUACACAUCCCGCUACUAUCUCAAGUUCACCUUUCUGGAGCAGGCUUUUGACAAGCUGGCUGAUGCAGGUUUCCACAUGGUGGCCUGUAACUCCACAGGAACCUGCGCCUUUGCCCACGAGCAGACAGACGACAAGAUCUGGACCAGCUACACUGAAUAUGUGUUCUACCGUGAGUGAGCUCGGCUUUGUUCCCCCGGUCCCCCACCCUGUCUCCAAGUGCCCCCUCCUUCCUCCAGCCUCCAGCCAUUCUGUCUCCCUCUCUCCGAUGGCUCCUGCACCAGUAGAUGUUCCGUAGAUGUUGUGCCCUUCCAUCUAUCUCUGCAGCAUCCAGCUUUUAUCCUAUGAACAGUACGCAGCAGCUGCUCUGACUCUUCAUACCUUCUCUGCAGGUCCAAUAUGCAGCCCUCCCCGUCAACCCCAAAUCCACCCCCCCCCACCUCAGGUCCAUCUUUUGCUCUCGCUUAAGCCGUCGUUCCAUCUAGUUGUAGUCUCACCAGUCCUCGACCUCAGCGACCCCACAGCCUUCUCCUGCAGAGACUGAUACCUUCUGUGUACUAUUUCCCUUUUGUACUCUAUAUAUUGCAUCUGCCUUGGUGAAGCACAAUACUGUCCAAGAGCUAAUUUUCUUAAACAAGCGCCCCAGUGUGUCUCUAUGACUAUUGUACCAGUCAUAAGGGCAUGAGGGAAAGGGCUUCAAAGAGUGGCCGUGAUGUACAGUGCUAUACUUUGUCUGCUUGCUCGAGCAGAUUGGACUCUCUCCUGCUCCUCUGAACUAAAUUACCAAAUAAUUGGACAUCUUAUCAGCCUUGAGGGAUGUGAGCAGCCCAAGCACAAGAAAGAAGUGUAACACAAAGAUCUAAUUUCCUUCAGUUUUUAUUAAAUGUGUCCAGUACCAUGUGGAUUGGGAACGUGCCAUAGUUUAUCUGUUCAGUUGUUGUUAUAAAUGAAUGAGGGUUGAGACAAUACAGCCACAUGGACAGGGAAAGGAACACAUUGAACUUUUUAUUUUGAAAGGGAAAAGUUGGUUGUCGGUGUUUCCCUUUCAAAAAGACAAUGGUUCAUUGGCAAAUGACCAAGCAACGGGCUUCAAUGAAAAAAAAAAAAAAAAGCUCAAAUAUCAAGAGAUCUCAUAGACAGAAAGAAAAAAAAAGGUUGCCAGAUGAAGUGUGUGUAUUGAUUGUGCAAUGGAGCUUUCAGUAUUUUAAUCACCCACGCUGGGAGGGCAGAGGAGAUGGAAGGUGUUACAUCACUCGCACCCCACUGCUCUAUAUUUUUUUGCGCUCAUUGUGCUUCUUUGACAUUUCUUUGCAAAGUUAGAUAUUUAGGAGCAUUUUGCCAGUGAGGCGCUUCUUGGGACGGGCUUUACACCAUGACCACGUGUUGUUUCCAUAAAAAGAAAAAUGUGGUAGUCCUCGGAGCGGCUCAUGUUUUGAGUGUUCUGUAAACAAUAAUGUUAUUCUUAAUACUCAGUUCAGUAUUCGUUGAAGCUGUUGCAUAUUUGAUGAUAGCUCUCACUUACUGUAAGUGAAUACCCAUGAGAAAGGGUAGGAUUACACUGUAGCCAGCCAAAGCCCAAUGUCCUCUCACCACUGUAGCAAGGGCAUUGUGAGGGCAGUUUAUAAUGAGUGGCUAUAACUUAAGUUAUAAAGGAGCGAGUUAAGGGGGGGGGGUUCCAGUUACAGCCUCAGGACAGGUCUGCACAUCAUAUACCUCAGACUAAAACACAAGCUGAAGGCACUUAAAUCCAACAAAAGAUCUAGCUGGUGACAAGAAAAUGCAGACAUGGUUAGGAAAAUGUAGAUGCUGUAAUAAAAUUUUUUUUUUUUUUUUUUUUUUUUAAAAAGAGGUUUAAAAUAAAAUGAAUUUAAAAUGAGAAACAGCCUGCGAGGCUGUACAGUGUAGGAUUUCACCUGAACAAUAAGGUGUCAGGUUGAAGAACGUCUGACUGACAAUAAAUGUAUUCUGAAAUGUCUAGAAACCACAAUGUUGUGUUUCUGUGUGAUGACGUGCUGUUGACAUCUGAGUCAAUAUGUUAGACCUGCAGCAGUGUGUCACUGCAGGCGUAGACAACACUGAAAUUAAAAGUGUUCAGCAAAAAAACAAAAAAAAGCAAACUGAUUUGUCAAAUAAAAGAUGUUUUCUUCCUAUUUGGGUUGUAUUUUCCAUUCAUAAUUCUAUGUUUUUUCAGUCUUGAAUGGCAUUCAGCUUAAACUGUGAGGAAAGUGGUACAUGCCCUCCCGUUACUGCAGUGUAAAAUUUUAAUUUCCAGUGACAAUACAACUCAAUCACAAAAGAAACCAAUUCAAAUUUUCAUCUCACCAUUUCCCAUUAAAAUAAAUUUACUUGGACAUAAACUAUACUUCAUAUUAAAUGUCCCACACUCCUCUCUGAGGCACCAUCUCCCUCGUCCUCCCAUCUGCUUUUCCACUUUUUUCUCCACAUUUCUGUUCUUUUCUUUUUUUUAUUCUUUUUCUUCCUCAGUCUGGAUUUGUCUGGAGCAGUUGACCAGAAAAAGGAGUCAAGAUAGAAAUGAGGACAUGCACAGAUAAGAGGCUCUCUAAAAGCAGAUUACAAAACCUUUAUUUUGUUGCCAAUAAUUGACCUAAUUACUUUGUACAGUAAAAAUCUUGAAGCAGGUGGGACCUAAAAUCCAGGACGUUGAAUAGCUGUUGUUGUUGAAGCCUCAUGCAGAGCAAUGAUUUGCCCAUUUUUAAAAGAUUAGAAAUGAUUUUUGUCAAUAAAAACACCCACAGACAGAAAAGUGGGCAUAAUUUACACAACAACCAGGGUUAUGGUUAUGUAGGUGAGGCAGUCACAUGUUGUUUUUAUGAAUUCUGACUCAUGUAAGUGCUGUUAGAGAUUCUCACACGCUAAUUACCUUAGUAUAAGACCUCUAAACCUGAUCUCAGUCUGGCCUAGAUAGCUGAUGAGCGUCACAUGAAUUGUUGAAAAAUGUAUGCGGCUACCUUCCUGGAAAACAGAUGAUUUUUGUUGCGGUCUGGGCUGGGUGCGUGACAGAUCCUCAGAGAUCGGGACAAUGCAGUGCCUGCACAGUCACAGGCAGCAUUCCUCUGUCGCUGUUCCCCGGCGCACUACUGCAACACGGGGUAACGCCAAGGUCAGUCAUUAGCACAAGCACGGAGAAACACGCCUCAUGUGUGAAAAAUUUCAGGCAUCAUUGUCCUAAACCGCUCUCUGUCUUUACCUCCAUCAGUUGCCUUGAGACUCAACAUUCAACAGUAGAUGUGUGAGAAGUGUUGACACUCAGACGCUGAACAGCGACAGCAGCGAGGUCCACAGGCCGGGCUGUGAUGACAUGCUGCUUUAUUGUUGUUGUUUUUUUGUUUUUUUAAAUGCUCUAUUGUGAAACUUGUGGCUGAAAAGUGUAGCAUGCCUGCUCAUGUGCCAUACAAGAAGCAGGCUCUAGUUAUGUCAUCUUAGUGGUAUGCCUCUUUUAUCCAGAGUGUUACAAUAAAGAUAUUUUACCAUGAAA